AACAAGAGCCACCGCAAGCUAAUGUCGUCACUUAGCCUCAAGUACCAACAACUCGCCCCUCGGGUUCUUCAAGGUUUGCAUUCAGUUUACUUAUAGUUGUCGACGAGUUGACACGUACUCCCGAAAAAGAACAAUGAUCGAUUGGGAUUGUCCUGUAUGCAUUGUGGCGUACGUCGCUCUUGGUGUCACUGCCUUCAUCCUUCUGUACAAGUACUAUUUGCAUCUAACAAGUGGUACAAUUCGUUCCAGCCGUAACAUUCAAGGUAAAACGAUCAUCAUUACUGGUGCCAAUGCGGGCAUUGGCAAGGAAACUGCCCGCGAUCUGGCCAAACGGGGCGCUCGCAUUAUAAUGGCUUGCCGGAAUAUGGAAACGGCCAAGCAGGCUCAAGCUGAAAUCAUUGCCGAAACAGGAAACCCGAACAUAAUAGUGAAGCACGUUGACCUCAGCUCGCUGUCUUCAGUGCGAAAAUUUGCACAGGAUAUCAAUGCCACGGAAGCGGUCAUCGAUGUGCUUAUCCACAACGCGGGUGUUUCGCAAGCCUUCGACAACAGAGUAACAGCCGAUGGACUGGACUUAACCCUGGCAACCAACUGCUACGGACCGUUCCUUUUAACGCAUCUGCUGAUUAAUUUGGUGAAAAAAUCCGACCAGGGCCGAAUCAUUAUCGUGUCCUCAAAGUUGUACCAGUUCACCAGUGUGCGGAAAGAUCUUAGCAACAUUAAUCCGAUUAAUUACUUCUCGCUGUUUCCGGUGGAAUUGUACAAUCUAUCGAAAUUUAUCGAAAUAAUGUUUACGCAAGAGAUGGCACGACGACUAGAGAAUACUCGAAUAACGGUAAAUUGCUUGCACCCGGGCGUGAUCGAUACCGGAAUCUGGAGAAACAUACCAUUCCCGGCCAAUUGGCUAUUCAAGCCGAUUCAGAUGAUGCUGCGAACACCGGAACAGGGCAUUCGGACUACCGUUUUCCUAACCGUGUCACCGGAGGUGGAAAACAUAAGCGGAAAAUAUUUCCGCUGGUGCCAGUUGGCUAAACUGAACCAGCGUGUUCAGAACAAGGACAUCCAGCAGCGAUUAUGGGAAGCUGCGAAGACUCUGGUGAAGUUAACCGAUGAUGACCCGAAAAUCUAGUCGUCGGAUUGAUUGAACCCAAUAGAAUGAGUUCUGUGACGGGCUCGUUAUGGUUUGUGGGAUUGUCGAAAUAAAUCGGUUAAUACUCAAAUGUG